AUGGACUUCAAUGGCACAUGGAAAGUUUAUUCUGAGGAAAACCUUGAGGAGUUCCUAAAAGUAGUAGGUGCACCUCAAAUGGUUGUCAAAAUGCGAAAGGAAGUCAAACCGGUGCUAGUGAUCGAGCAGAACGGCAAAGACUUCACCUACACAAUGAAGACUCCCAUGUGCACUAAAGUCCACUCAUUCAGCAUCGGAAAGGAGUCAGAGAUGACUUCUGUGGAUGGCAGGAAGUUUAAGUGCACUGUCAGAGAGGAGAAUGGCAAACUGAUUGCUGAGACUGACAAAUUCACCUCUGUCCGAGAGAUCCAAGGGGACGACAUGGUGGAGACUUUCACUUCUGGCUCUGUGACUUUCAUCAGCAGAAGCAAACGAAUCUGAUCAACACCUGGCAGCUACAGUAGCUCAGCUUCAAGGAGGA